ACGGGGUCGAAACUCGAAACUCUCGUAAAUUAUCAUAUUCCGUGAUUGUUAGCAGUAACCGCAGAAAAUCCAAUAUGGUGUUUCUCGUUCAGCGGUUUACAUCGGACGUCCGUAUUUUGAGGUAAAAUCAUUGCCCGGCGACCGCGUAGAUAACAGUAAUUAUGAAAAUUCGAUUGAAAGGAUCGCGUUGCACGUGAAAAUUCUCAUGCCACUGUGUCUCGCGCACGAUUGACCGUGAAGCCGUGAAGAGAUCGGUGCCUCGAAGACAGUGGCCAAGAACUCCUGUCUUCCUUAGUGUGCGGAAAAUUUUGAGAAAUAAGAAGAAAAUUCAAAAAUGGAAACUGACAAGGUGAAGGGUAACGCGGAAAUAAGUGAUUUGGAAACGGCGGCGGUCAAAAUCAAAGAAAAGAAACGAAGCUCGAUUGCAGACGUCGCGACCCUAGAUAUAAAGUCACGUCUUAGUUUGGACAAGACCGAAGAGGUUUGCAACGAGCCUCACGUUAACGGGAUAACUCAAGUGAACGGUGUCUGCGAUUUUCCUCAAAGAACUGCCGAUGUCACCGAUCUUUCUCCACAAUCCGAAACAAUGGAAGCUAGUCAUUUAAACCAACAUGAACAACCAGAAACAUUACCCACGGAAAGUACGAACAAGAAUGACAACGAUAUUCAAUAUGUUAGCUAUAUGAGCGAACUACAAAUGCCUGAUAUUAUGAAAUUAAUACAGAAGGACCUAAGUGAACCGUAUUCUAUUUACACAUAUAGAUAUUUUAUUCAUAACUGGCCGAAAUUGUGCUUCCUGGCGAUGCAUGGUGACGAGUGCGUCGGUGCCAUUGUCUGCAAACUGGACAUCCAUAGGAAGGUGAUAAAGCGCGGCUAUAUUGCGAUGCUAGCUGUUGAUGUGAAGUUUCGAAAACGGAAGAUCGGAUCGAAUCUCGUAAGGCGAGCCAUUCAGGCGAUGGUGAAGGACGAUGCGGACGAGGUAGUUCUGGAGACGGAAAUCACUAACAGGCCAGCGCUACGUCUAUAUGAGAAUCUUGGAUUUGUGCGUGAUAAACGAUUAUUUCGAUAUUACUUAAAUGGUGUAGAUGCAUUGCGAUUAAAAUUAUGGCUCAGGUGAAAUUCAUCCACAUGCUUAUGUCAAUAGGUAUUUAAAUAAUUACAACGUUGAAGAGAUAUAACAUCUAUACUCUAUUAUAUCAAGCAAAUGUGUGACAUUAAUGUCAAAGAGAUUAUAUGUUUCUAUGCGUACAAAUAUAUUUUCAGUUACGAUACUGUGCUGUUUAUUAUUUCAAUGUUUUGAGGAAUUCAAUUUUUGGUUUCUUUAGUUAUUCAUUAUAUUUAAAACAUUGUGUAUAUAGAAAGCUUCAUGUUGCGGCAUAAGAUAAUUUUUAUUAUAUUAUUUUGGAAAUAAUUUUUAACGAUGAAUUUAUUUUUCAUAUUGAGAUAAAUCUACUAUAACAAUCUAACAGCCUACUGACUAUGUCCAUACAGGACAGGAUAUAUAUAUAUAUAUAUAUAUAUAUAAAGAAAGACAGAGAGAGAGAGAGAGUAUAUAAUUUGUUAAUAGUGCCUAAUUGUUGUCUAACUGUUAGUUUUUUGUUAUAAAUUUGUUGAAAUUUCUUUGAUAUUAAUGUCAGUGUGUGAUUGAGAUAAAUUUUAAUUGCAGCUUGAACAUGUAAAUGUAAAGAGUGAUAGCAAGAGAUAAAAUCGAGAGUGAAAAAUGUACUGAAAACAAUUAAUGUAUUUUGCAACAACUCACAUUGAUCAAAUGUACAUUUUGAAGCAUUUAUAAUUGAUUUGAAAGAAAUUUAUAUUGUUACAAUUAUAAUUUACUAGCAUGAACAUUUUAUACAAGAUUAUAUAUAUAUAUAUAUAUAUAUAUAUAUAUAUAUAUAUAUAUAUAAUACAUAGACUAUUUUUUACAUUAUUAGGUAAAUAUAACUACAGAAGAAAUGGUUUAAAUUGAAAAAAAAAAUUGCAAAUAUUGAUAGUAUUAAUUUUUUUAAUCUAAUGUAAUUGAUGAUAGGCUUCUAUUUUUACAAACAACAUUACAUAAAUUUUACAGUGUGCAUAAUAAUGUUACUUAGAAGAAAAUUAACUGAAAAAUAUAUAUGAAAUAAUAGAUAUAUGUAAUUAACAAGAUCACGAGAGAACAUUUAUAUACAUAAGUGCAUAUCUUUUUUUAUUAUCUUUUUCUAUAUUGGAAAUCUAAUUCAUUUCAAUGUCAACAAUAAAAAUUAAAUUGUUUUAAUAACGUUGCAUAAAAACUGUUAUGUCACACACAAACAACUGCCAAUUACAUUGUGUCAAGUGUACGAUUUCGUCAGUGUGAGUAGUUUGAUAGAAAUAAAAAUAAGAAAAAAAAAGACAAACUCCGUGAAUGAACAACAGAAACGAAACUUUAGAUAAAAUAUUUCCGUUUGAAAUUGUAAAGUAAUAUAUGCACGGAAAUAUAUAUAAAUUAAAUGAAUGAAAAAAAAGAAAUUAUCGUUUCACGAAAUUGAAAUUUUAUGUGAAAAAUAACGCUUCAUGCGAUUUACGCGGAUGAAAGUGAUACGCAUUACUGUCAAUCCAUUAUAUCUAUCUUUGUAUAAAAUAAAUGCGAAGCACAGAUCAUAAUGUAACUAUUAAAAAUGUAAAAAAUGUUAAUAAAAAUACAUAAAUGUUUUUACACAUG